GGAGGGGUAUCUGGGUUUGGGGUACGUCGCACACCGCCGAGCUCCUCCUCCAGGCUGCCGUCACCGGCGUAGGAGCAGCUCAGCACCGCCGAGCCGCUGGCUGCUCCUCUCUGCUGAGGGAAGGCUGGGUCCAGGAGAGGCGCCACACUUCCCCUUGGUUACUGCGCACGGUUUUGGCCACAGCCGCUACCGACAUGGCCUCCGACGGCACGGACGAGCGAUCACCGCUGUUGUUGGCCCCCAACUCCGGGAAUGUCACCCCCACGGCACCCCCGUACCUGCAGGAUUCAAGUCCCCGAGCCGAACUACCUCCUCCUUACACAGCCAUUGCCAGCCCCGAUGCCGGCGGCGUGCCCGUCAUCAACUGCCGCGUCUGCCAGUCGCUCAUCAACCUGGACGGCAAACUGCAUCAGCACGUGGUCAAGUGCACCGUCUGCAAUGAAGCUACGCCCAUCAAGAACCCUCCCACGGGGAAGAAGUAUGUGAGAUGUCCUUGUAACUGCCUGCUCAUCUGUAAAGACACGUCCAGGAGGAUAGGAUGUCCUCGACCCAACUGCAGACGCAUCAUCAACCUGAGCCCGGUGAUGGUGAUCCCGGAGGAGCAGCCCGCCCAGCCGGCGCUGCCCGUCCAGCCAGAGGGGAUGAGGGUGGUCUGCGGUCACUGUGGCAACACCUUCCUAUGGAUGGAGCUCCGGUUUAACACGCUAGCCAAGUGCCCCCACUGCAAAAAAAUAUCAUCUGUUGGCAGUGCGCUCCCCAGGAGGCGCUGCUGUGCUUAUAUCACUGUAGGAAUGAUCUGCAUUUUCAUCGGAGUGGGUUUAACUGUGGGCACUCGGGACUUUGCCAGUCGUUACAACGCCACCUACGUGUCCUGGGCGUUUGCCUACCUGCUGGGACUCAUCUGUCUGAUACGGGCCUGCUACUGGGGGGCUAUCAAAGUCAGCUACCCGGAGAACAGCUUCGCCUAGAGUGGGCCCGGCUCGGCACGGCCUCGCACGGCUGGAAACAGAACCCCCACUUUCAGUUUAUUCUUCAUCUCGUUCAGAUUUCUGACGGGUCGUGUUCAGCGGAGCGGAACUUGUUGCAGAGUGUCUGGACGGGAGGGUGUGGAUAAGAUGUUAAUGUGUGUUUUUGUCCACUGUGGGGAGCAUGUUGGGACGUAUAUGUUGUGUCUGCCGUGUUUUUCCAGAGUUUUGAUUCGCUGAACAAAACCCUCUAUCUGCCAGUCAGUCCCCUCCUGGUCCACUAGGACUCAAAUCCUGCCCAGGUUUUGCGGAAAUCCUCCAAAAUUCAGAAUCGAGACUUUGAAUUAGCGCGCUAACUUGUAAAAUGUGAUUUGUCUUUAUUUGACGGUUCCAAUGCCGAUUUGAUCAGUAGAGUGAUAGGUAAGCAAACUGGUUGGAUUUGGUCUCUCUGGACCAAAUUUAUUCAGCAGCCUGACGGACAUGAUGGUACCCAUUUGAUGUACUGCGUUUUGUUACCGACCAGACCAAAAUGAGACGACCUCCUAAGAACAACUUGCCCAUUGCACUACGAUUAUAUGCAACUGUACGUGUUGUUUUGCUGCUAGUUUACCCCCAGCUACAGAGAGCUGCAUAUCCAUAUUGUAUUGUAACCAUUUACCUUGCCUGUGUACACUGACAACAUAGUAUUGCUAUAUGAUUUUAACUCUUGAAAUGAUCAACUUUUAAAAGAAAUCAUCCUUAAAUACCCAUGCGUGCCAAUAUUGCUGCCCAGUAUUAGUCGAGAGGAGCAUCUAAUCAAACGGAGCUUGUUUCUGUCAAGGUGUUCAACAUUUUUGUGCCAUGCUGUUUUUAAUCCACUAGAGCAAUAACCCUUUUUAUUUGAGUUAUUUUUAACCUUAUGUGCCCUACCUCCUUGUGUCCAUCGCUGCUUUUAUGUUGCCUUCUCACUGGUGGAAAGUAAUCUCGAAACAUGGUGACUCACGUUUGCAUGUGAACUUGUUUAUUUUCAGACACAGAGGUGAUGAUUUUUUUUUAAAUCUUUUUCUCUUUGGAAAGGUAGCUGAAGUGUAUGAUGUUCCUGUCUUGCUCUUAGCUCCUUCUCCCUGUGAUUUAGAAUGUAAACCUCCUCCCUCGCUUACCGCCAGUCUCUAACCUCCAGUGAAACCUGUGCUAGCUAGCGUCGCUGUAGGCUGACUCAGCAUCCUGUCUCUUGACCUUGACCAGUGGGCACAGUUCAAACUUCUAACCUUGUUCUGAAUGUCUCGAUGAUCAAGCAGAAAAUAAUAUUAAAAGAAAAAAAUAAUAAAAAUACUCUUUGUAUAUAGUUCAAAUAAAAUACUUGGAAAACUUUAGUGUGAGGUGACAGGAAAAGAUGGCUCUUGGGUCUUUUUAAAAAUGAUAAUUUAUCAAUAAAAUACAGAAAACGUU